CUUGUCUAUCUGCUAAAAUCCAGACGGCUGAAGCACGAGCGUCUUUCCUCCUGCAAAUAAUCGAUAAUAUAUAAUAUUGCAGUUUUUGGGGGGUGAACCUGGACACCGGGCCUGCUCUUCGAUCCAAAAUGGCGUCCGCUGUGUGUUCAGCUGCAGCUUCUCAUCGGUGAAGCAUACAAAUAAAAGCAGGUGGACUCGUCGCCUCCCCAGAUGUGGCCGCCACCCCUGCUGAGGCUUCUGUUCAUGAACGUCGAGGGCGCUGCGAUUGGCCGCCGGCGGCGUGGAGGGAUGACGUGGCGUUAGCGGCAUGGAGACAGGAGAGACACGCGUUCCCCUCGUUAGAUCCACUCAGGACUCAAAGCCACGCUUGUGUACCCGGAGCUGUGGUUGUUUUUGUUGUUGUUGACCGUCGCCUUAAAGCCGUACACACGCACAGAGGAGGAUGAGCUCCGAGGGCUUCCAGUACCGAGCGCUGUACGACUACAAGAAGGAGCGGGAGGAGGACAUCGACCUGCGCGUGGGCGACAUGCUGCUGGUCAGCAGGGCGGCGCUGCUGGCUCUGGGCUGCGGGGGCGGAGCCGAGGAGCGGCCGUCGGAGAUCGGCUGGCUGCCGGGCGUCAACGAGACUACGCAGGAGAAGGGCGACUUCCCCGGGACCUACGUGGAGUUCAUUGGCAGGAAGAGGAUGUCUCCGCCCACGCCCAAGCCCCGCCCCCAAAGGCCGCCGUCUGCUGCGUCCUUGAGGACGGACUCCGAGUCAGAGGGGUUCUCGCUGCCGGACCUCCCCGAGCAGUUCGGACCUCCGGACUCGGCCCCGCCCCUCCUCAGCAGACUGAUGGAGGCCGUCGAGACCAAAGCUCAGGACGGACUCGCUGUUUAUCGCAGUCUGAGUGGAGGAGCAAUGGACACCCGGCAGCUGGCCGACGCUGACCUGGAGCAGCUGGAGGUGUCCUCCCUGUGUGACGGGGUGAUCCGGUUCCUGCAGGAUCUGCCCGGUCCCGUCCUCCCGUCUUCGCUGCAGACCGACAUGAUUCACGUUGUCCAAGAGGUCCGGGACCUGGAGGAGUGCGCCCAGCUGCUGCGGGGGGUGGCCAGCUCCCCGGCCUGCCCGGCCCAGUACGGCCUAACCCUGCUCGGCGUGGUCCGACACCUGGCCCGGCUCUGCCUGCACGGAGCCGGGACCCAGAUGAGCCCCCAAAACCUGGCGGAGAGCUUCAGCCCGCUGCUGUUCAGACCGGCUGCAGGGUUUGAGUCCAGUCUGGAUCCUCUGGUUCAGGUCCUGGAGGUUCUGAUAUCCAGCGAGCUCAACAUGAACCAGGCUGCACCAGCGUUGCCUCCUAAACCCGUCAAGUCUCCAGCUCCAGCUGCUUCCUGCAGCUUCAACAACAGCAUUUCUCUGCAGGACGCCGAGUGGUACUGGGGAGACAUCUCCAGAGAGGAGGUGAAUGAGAAGCUGAGGGACACGGCGGACGGCACGUUUCUGGUUCGAGACGCGUCCACGAAGAUGCACGGAGAUUACACUCUGACUCUGAGGAAAGGAGGCAACAACAAGCUGAUCAAGAUCUUCCACCGUGAGGGAAAGUACGGCUUCUCCGACCCGCUGACCUUCGUCUCCGUGGUGGAGCUGAUCAACCACUACCGGCACGAGUCCCUGGCCCAGUACAACCCCAAGCUGGACGUCAAGCUGCUGUACCCGGUCUCCAAACACCAGCAGGACCAGGUGGUGAAGGAGGACAGCAUCGAGGCUGUGGGCAAGAAGCUCCACGAGUAUCACCUGCAGUACCAGGAGAAGAAUCGAGAGUACGACAGACUGUAUGAGGAGUACACCAGAACCUCACAGGAGAUCCAGAUGAAGAGGACGGCCAUUGAGGCGUUCAAUGAGACCAUAAAGAUCUUCGAGGAGCAGUGUCAGACUCAGGAGCGCUUCAGCAAAGAGUACAUCGAGAAGUUUCGCCGAGAGGGCAACGACAAGGAGAUCCAGAGGAUCAUGGAGAACUACGACAAGCUGAAGUCUCGCAUCAGUGAGAUCGUGGACAGUAAGCGCCACCUGGAGGUCGACCUGAAGAAGCAGGCGGCGGACUACCGGGAGAUCGACAAGAAGAUGAACAGCAUCAAACCAGACCUGAUCCAGCUGCGCAAGACCAGGGACCAGUACCUCAUGUGGUUGACUCAGAAGGGCGUCCGCCAGAGGAAGCUCAACGAGUGGCUCGGCCUGAAGAACGAAACCACGGAGGAUGAGUACAGCAUGGUGGAGGAUGAGGAGGACCUUCCUCACCACGACGAGCGUCUGUGGCGUUUGGGGAACAUCAACCGGAUUCAGGCCGAGUCGCUGCUGCGCGGGAAGAGAGACGGGUCCUUCCUGGUCCGGGACAGCAGCAAGCCGGGCUGCUACGCCUGCUCCGUGGUGGUGGACGGGGAGGUGAAGCAUUGCGUCAUCAACAAGACGGCCACCGGCUUUGGCUUCGCCGAGCCCUACAACCUGUACGGCUCCCUGAAGGAGCUGGUGCUCCACUACCAGCACACCUCGCUGGUCCAGCACAACGACUCGCUCAACGUCACGCUGGCCUUCCCCGUCUACAGCCAGCAGAGACGGUGACCCCGCCCUGUAGGACCGGGGGGAGGGGCUAGUGUUUUAUUGUGAAAGUCUUCACAUGGAGCUUUAACUUCCUGUGUGUAAAAAGUGACCCGUUAACCAUGUGAGGUCAGAAUCACAUGAGAGGCGUUCAGGGACUCUGUGGGAAAAUUAGGAAAGUAAAAGUCAGUUCACUAAACCUUUUAAUCUUCAUGACACUGAGUUAAAAAAAAUUGUGUGUCAGUAAUGAUCACUAUGACAACGUGAUGUUUGUUUACAAACAGAUUCACUAGGAGGAGGAGGUCUGUUUACUAGAACGUUUAAGACUGACAAGACGGAAGCUACAUUUGUGUCCCCC